UUCACCGAUGCCGGCUUAGUUUGACGUCGUUGUAUACAAUACUGCCCUUCCGUCCCGUUGCUGUCUUGUCCCAGUGCCUGCUCUCUUCUCCACCAUCCGAUAGCCACCAUGUCGGAGAAGCCCUCCCACGAGCGCAUUUCGCGCGAUAUAGACGAAUCGCCAGUACGCAAGACAUCUGUCUCACGCUCCAUAACUGGGCAUGGCGAUAAGGGCAAGAGCAAGGCAGAUGAAAUUGCGCGCAUCGACAAGCUGGCGACCGCACCUGGCGUUACGGCGGAGACGUUCGCGCAUCUGGACGAAAAGAAGAUACUGCGCAAGAUGGACUUGCAUCUCAUUCCCAUGCUCGCUCUUCUGUAUCUCCUGAGUUUCCUUGACCGCGGAAACAUUGGCAAUGCGAAAAUCGAGGGUCUGGUGGAGACACUGGGUAUGACUGGCGCGCAGUACAAUUGGUGUCUGACCGCAUUCUUCUUCACAUAUGCCGCCUUCGAAGUGCCCAGCAAUCUUCUUUUGAAGAAAUUGAGGCCGUCCGUCUGGCUGCCGACUAUCAUGGUGGCCUGGGGUAUCGUCAUGACGUUGAUGGGUAUUGUCAAGAACUACGAAGGGCUGCUGAUCGCGCGUAUCUUCCUUGGAAUUACAGAGGCCGGCCUAUUCCCAGGCGUCGCGUACUACAUUACGAUGUGGUAUUGUCGCCACGAAGCACAGUUCCGACAGGCGCUCUUCUUCAGCGCAGCGUCUGUCGCCGGAGCGUUCUCAGGUCUUCUGGCAUUUGGAAUCGCCCAUAUGGAUGGCGUUGGAGGAUUAGAGGGCUGGAGAUGGAUCUUCAUUCUUGAGGGUAUCCUGACUGUCCUCGUCGCUAUUCUCGCCUUCUUCACGUUGUACGACUUUCCGGAGACAGCUGGCUUUUUGACUGAGGAAGAGCGGGCGUUCGUCGUGUUCAGACUCAAAUACCAGGGUGCAUCGAAUGAGACAAUCAAUGGCCAGCGUGUCGCGCAGGACGAUACGUUUCAGUGGAAGUUUGUCAAGUCUGCAUUCUUGGAUUGGCAGAUAUGGACCAACAUUUGGGUCUACUGGGGUAUCGUCUGCCCCUUGUACGGCAUAUCGCUCUUUUUACCCUCGAUCAUCCGCGGUCUGGGCUACACAUCUUCGACUGCACAGCUCUUGACUGUGCCAAUCUACAUCACCGCCUCUGUCCUCGCGAUCGCGGUAGCUUGGUGGAGUGAUCGCGUCGGCAAGCGUCACCCCUUCAUCCUCGUUUGCCUUUGCAUCAUGGCCGUUGGCUUCAUCAUGUGUGUUUCAAGCGGAACUCCUGGUGUAAUCUACGCAGGUGUAUUCAUUGCGACAUGCGCUCUCUAUCCUGCGUUCCCAGGAAACAUCACCUGGCUAUCAAACAAUCUUGCUGGAUCUACAAAGCGCGCUACAGGCCAGGCCAUUCAAAUCGCUGUUGGCAACCUUGCAGGAGCCAUGGCCUCCAACUUUUAUCGCACGGAAGACGCCCCUCGAUAUGUCCUUGGACAUGCUCUGGAACUUGGGUUCAUCGGAGCAGGUAUAAUCGGCCUUCUUGUAUUGGUGUUCAAUUACAAGAGGAUCAACGCGAAACGGGAACGUCAGCUGGCGGAGGGUGCGCACAACGGGUAUACUCCCGAGGAGCUCGGCGAGCUUGGUGAUCGUGCUAUGACGUUCAAGUAUGUCUUGUAAACGGCUGUGUCAGAUGCUGGAUUCUGCACAUU